CAUUCAUGUUCAAGGAACAAGCAACAAGCAAGGAAUAUAUACUUGUGGUCAUGUUCAAAGGGAAUAACUUAUGAUCUGCAAAAAAAAAAACGUCAAAACGAUCGCAGAAGAACAAAAAAUUUGGAGUCAGAUUUGGGACAGAAGAUGGCCAAAACAAGGGAUGGUGUCUCCUCUUCUACCGAUUUUCGGAUUUCGAAAGACCCUUUUACCCCUCUUUCGCUCUCUCGGGAAGCCAAUUUCGUGUUCAUCCUCGUCAUUCAUCUCAGAGGAUUUAGAAAGGAGGGUAUCGAUAUCGAGAUAAACAAAGACGGGAAUCGGAUUAAGAUAAGCGGGAAAAAGCAUGUAGAGGAGAUGGUUAUGACAAAGUGGAUGGCAAUGAGGAAGGAGGAGGGGAUAAAGGAGUUCAAGAAAGUGUUUCGGAUACCGGAGAUCGUCGUUUUGGAUAAGAUCAAAGCGAGAUUCAACAACGAAGAGGGGACCUUAAAGAUCACAUUGCCCAAAAAGGUAAAGGGUAUUACCGGACUGAAGAUCGAAGAAGAGAUUGAAGAAGAGAAAGCCGAAGAACCUCGAGAAGAGAUGGAGGAAGAAACACAAGAAAAGAAAGAGCCUGAAGCAGUGAUACAACCACAAGAAGAAAGCAUAGAGGAGAAAGAAGAAGAAGAACCCGAGAGAGAAGAGAUCGAAGAAAUGGAAGAAGAGGAAGAAGAUGAGAAAGUAGAAGAAGAAGAAGAGAAAUUAGAGAAAGAAGAUGAAGGGAAUGGUGAAAGAAAGAGGAGGAGGAGGAGAAGGAAGAGAUGCUGUUUACCAUUUCUUGCUGGAUCGUCCUUGUUAAUGUCAAUUAUCUUUUUCAUUAUCCAUUUAAUUGAGUCCAAGCCCAAGAGAAAAUGAGUUUGUGUGUGGGUUCUUAUGGUUUUGAAUUUUUUUUAA